AUGAUUCGGAUGGCCCCGCCAAAGACCGGCGCCGCAACCAAAUCGGCAUCUAGUCCCAAGAAGAAACGGCCGGGCGACGGGAAGUCUGUCAAGGCCAAGGCCAGGUCCAAGAAGGCAUCAUCGGUUCCCAUUCUACGCCUUCCUCCAGAGAUUGUCCUUCUUAUCACCCACCGACUUGAUCUGCAAGACAAGCUUGCUCUGAACCGCACCAACCGCUGGUUCUACUCUAUCAUCAACCCCGUCAUCUACGCCGAAAAUGUCCGCGAAUCUAAUGCCUUCUGCCUGUUCUGGGCGGCCGAGAACGGUGUCAUGGGCACCCUCAGACACGCCCUGGCUGCCGGCGCCGAUCUGAACGCGACGGGUCCCAUUCCUAGCAAGCCGAUCGAAAUUGAGCCCAUCAUCAUCACCGAUCCUGACACCGAGAAUCCCGACGUAAACGUUGAUCCCGACCUGGGUGACGAACCGCUCAUCGAGCCGGCUCAGCGACCAUGGGCUACCCCUCUACAUCUCGCCGCAAAAAACGGUCACCUUGAGGUCGUCCGGUGGCUUCUUGAUCACGGUGCUGACAUCGACGCCCCCUCAUACCGGGCCUGCGACUGCCAGCCCCUCAAAACUACCUGGCCAGCCUCGCAGCGCCCAGCAGAAUGGCCGAGAUGGCGCGCUCUGCACACUGCGAUGUGCAACCAGGAGCGCGAGGUUGCUGAACUGCUCAUCUAUCGCGGCGCGUCCCUCGAUCUCGAUGCUGCCCCAGGCCACAACCACACGGCUCUUCACUCCGCUGCCGCAAACGCCCUGGUUCCCAUCAUUAAACUGUUGGCUCUCAAUGACGUCAACCUCGAUGUGAACCAACGGGACGCCUGGAAUAAUACUGCCCUCCACUAUGUCUCUUUGAUCUGGUCCCCGCGGGAAUCUCCCGAAAUCCGCGACACCGUCACCAAGUUGUUAGCUCUCGGAGCCGAUUUGGAGGCGCAUAAUAACAGUGGCCUUACUCCUUUGUUAUAUGCUUGCUCCAGGGGUAAUUAUGCCGUCGCACACUGGCUAGUCAACAUCGGUGGAAACCCCGACCCGCACCGUCAUAUCCCUGAUUUCCGAGACUAUCGCCCCCUUUAUUACUGCAUCCUCCCACGUAUGGACUUCUUCGACCACGACGACGGCCCCGUUAAGCACGACGAGUUUGAGGGCAACCGUGUGGCAUUAAUCCAUGCUCUGGUCGAUAAUGGUGCGGAUGUGGACGCACGAUUCGACAAGCGCACCCAUCGAGGGGCAACGGCUCUGAUGUUUGCCUGCGAGCUUGCCGAGCCUCGCGCCGUGACCGCUCUUGUGAGGGCGGGAGCCGAUGUGAACGCUCAGGAUCGCUGUGGCAGGACGCCGUUAGCUUACGCGGUGUCUGUAAGGCUUGAACAUCGCCAUGAGGUCCCAGAAAUUACGACAAUCCUGCUUAGACACGGCGCGCGCAUGGAUAUCGAGGAUGCUACAGAACACCGUCACUGCCCGCUAGACGCAGCUGCAAAGCAUAUUCGCUGGUCUGAAGACGGCGUCCUCGAGGCCAUGUUGAAAGUCGCUGAUGCGAGCAACGUGCGGGAAUCCAAGGUCAAAGAGGUUCUCAGGAACGCAGCUUCGACCGGGAACUACAAGGCCCUGAAGCUUCUACUUGAGUUUUGCGACCGCAUCUUCCAUGUCACCGACGACGACAUCAAGGAGUACCUGAUAUGUAUUAUCGAGCAGUCGGGUGCCUGGAGUCAGGUGGAAACCUUUAAUUGCUUGAUGGACUUCGGUAGACGGGUGUUUACAAACGAGUACCUGUUACACAAGGCUCUCAUGCGUCAGAAUCGGGAACUGUGUCUCGCAAUUCUGCAGCGCGGUGUAGCCGUCAGCGAGCCAAGAUUCCACGGAAAUCAGACAUACCUACACCUGGCCUGUCAAUGGGGAGAUAUCGAAGUUGUGAAUGCUCUGCUGGAGCGGGGUGCGGACGUCAACAUAUUCGAUCGGGAGUUAAGGACACCAUUGUCCAUUGCUGUGAGCGAGAACUUGACCAGUGUUGCGAUCUCCCUCAUGAAGGAAGUCGCCGACCCAUUCCUUGUCCCUCCCGACGACAUGUUCCGGGAGAUCUAUAGUUCGGGUGACCCCGACGAGGACGACCUAGAAUGGCGCUACGCGAAAAAGCACUAUCUCACGGCCUUCGACAUCGCCAUCCGCGAAGAUCGCGUCUGCAUUGUCGAAGAUAUCAUCUCUCGCUUCUGCCUGCCCGAAAUUCCUCCUCACACCCGCCUGAGCUAUGUUCACCGCGCUGCUUUCAAUCCCAAUCCGACAAUUCUCAUCAAGCUUCUUGAGGCCGGCGCGGAUCCCCGCGGCGGUCCAGGCUGUCGGAACCCGCCCUUUGUUACCCUCAUCCGCCAGGUGUGGGACCAACCACGGCCAGUCGACAACGCAGUGUCACUGCUCUACUCGGCACGCCAGUUCUUCCGCUACUUGAAUGGUCCGUACGCAAAUGCCUACCCUUGGGCCUUGCUUAACGAAAUUGCACUGUCCCAACCGGAGGAUGAUGAUAAGCGUAAGGUUAAAGAGAUUUGCAUGACUGAGCUGGGUCUCAGCGUCAAGUGUCCUCAACAUAAAGGGAAAGAGCCGAUUCUGUGUGUGAGAAGCCUUGACUUGCCAGCUCGGGCGAAACGCGAGCCCGGUUGGUAA